AUGCAAGGAGAAAAUUUCACUGUUUGGAGCCUUUUUUUCCUGGAGGGAUUUUCCCAGUACCCAAGGUUAGAAAUUGUUCUGUUUGUCUUCAGCCUUGUAAUGUAUUUGGUUACCCUCCUGGGUAAUAGUACUCUUAUUUUAAUCACUGUCCUGGAUUCGCGCCUUCAAACCCCCAUGUACUUGUUUCUUGGAAACCUCUCUUUCAUGGAUAUCUGUUACACAUCUGCUUCCAUUCCCACUUUGCUUGUGAACUUGCUGUCAUCCAAGAAAACCAUUAUCUUUUCUGGGUGUGUGGUGCAGAUGUACCUAUCCCUUUCCAUGGGAUCCACAGAGUGCAUACUUCUGGCUGUGAUGGCCUAUGACCGUUAUGUGGCCAUCUGCAACCCGCUGAGGUACCCUAUCAUCAUGAACAGGCAAGUCUGUGUGCAGAUGGCCACCGUCUCCUGGGUGACAGGCUGUCUCACUGCCCUGCUGGAAACUAGUUUUGCCCUGCAGAUUCCCCUCUGUGGAAAUGUCAUCGAUCACUUCACAUGUGAAAUUCUGGCGGUGCUAAAAUUAGCUUGCAUGAGUUCACUACUCAUGGACAUGGUUAUGCUGGUGGUCAGUAUUCUCCUCCUGCCCAUUCCAAUGCUCUUGAUUUGCAUCUCUUAUGGCUUCAUCCUUUCUACGAUUCUGAGAAUCAGUUCAACAGAGGGAAGAAACAAGGCUUUUUCAACUUGUGGUGCACACUUGACUGUGGUGAUCUUAUAUUAUGGAGCUGCUCUCUCCAUGUACCUGAAGCCUUCUUCAUCAAACUCACAAGAAAUAGACAAGAUCAUCUCAUUGCUUUAUGGAGUGCUUACCCCUAUGUUGAACCCAAUAAUUUACAGCUUAAGAAACAAAGAAGUAAAAGAUGCUGUGAAAAAACUGCUGGGCAAAGUGCCAUUGGUACCAAGUGUGUGA